AUGGAUUCUUUUCCAACAAUUGCUGUUAUUUCAAUUCUAGUACUAUUUCUUGCUAACAGUAUUCGAACUGAGGCACAGCUUUCUCCAACAUUCUAUGAUGCUACAUGUCCACAAGCACUUGAUGCAAUUCGUACUUCUAUCCGAAGAGCAGUGUCUCGUGAGCGUCGCAUGGCUGCCUCUCUCAUUCGCCUCCAUUUUCACGAUUGUUUCGUUCAGGGUUGUGAUGGAUCCAUAUUACUUGAUGAGACACCUACUAUUCAAAGCGAAAAGACUGCACGGCCAAACAAUAAUUCAACAAGAGGAUUUGAAGUCAUAGAAGCUACAAAACGCGAAGUUGAGAAGAUAUGCCCUGGAGUUGUUUCUUGUGCAGACAUACUUUCAGUUGCAGCAAGAGAUGCAUCAGCUGCUGUUGGCGGUCCGACAUGGCAAGUAAAGCUUGGAAGAAGAGAUUCAACCACUGCAAGCCGUUCUGCUGCAGAAAGCAAUCUGCCAAGCCCUUUUGCUAACCUAAGAGAUCUUAUUUCCAAUUUCAAAAACAAAGGACUUAGUGAAAGGGAUAUGGUUGCAUUGUCGGGAUCGCAUACAUUAGGACAAGCUCAAUGCUUUGUUUUUCGCAACAGAGUUUAUAGUAACGGGACAGACAUUGACGCGGGCUUUGCAAGCACCCGUAGGCGCCAGUGCCCACAAGCCGUUGGAAAUGGUGACAGUAACCUAGCACCACUUGAUUUGGUCACUCCGAAUUCGUUUGACAACAAUUACUUCAAGAAUCUAAUGCGAAAGAAAGGCCUCCUCAUAUCAGACCAGGCUCUCUUCAGUGGAGGAUCAACUGACAGUAUUGUCUCCGAAUACAGCCGAAAUCCUAGAACCUUCCUGUCGGAUUUUGCUUCGGCCAUGGUUAAGAUGGGAGACCUUGAACCACUCACAGGUGCAAGUGGAAUCAUAAGGAGCGUUUGCAGUGCUGUGAACUAAAGUAUUGCAAGUGCAGAUUUAUUGCAUCGUCAACAUCGAACACUUCCCGUACAAGAAAGUUUUAUUUGUUAGUCCUGAGUUCACUCUUUGAUUCAUUUCUUCAUUGAUUUUGCAAGUGUAUA